AAGCCCAUGUGCAGUUCCCUUCAUCGUCAUCACGUGCUUACGUGAGGAAAUUGCUGCGAAAGAGCGCCACCCACAAGCAAAGCAAGCACAGACCCAUCAUCCUCCCCACUGCUGUUCACUAACUCUCUCCCUCCCAUAAUCCGUUAAUGGCACAAAACGAUUCGCUGCUGUCCGAGUACCUCCAGACUGCUGUCGAUGCAGCCAACAAAGCCGGAGAGUUAAUCCGUAAAGGGUUCUACCAGACCAAGAAUGUCGAGCACAAAGGCCAGGUGGAUUUGGUGACUGAAACUGACAAAGCAUGUGAAGAGCUCAUAUUUAACCAUUUUAGGGAGCGUUAUCCCUCGCACAAGUUCAUCGGCGAAGAGACUACUGCUGCCUGUGGGUCCUCAGAGCUGACUGAUGACCCAACCUGGAUUGUUGAUCCUCUUGAUGGAACGACUAACUUUGUUCACGGAUUCCCCUUUGUAUGCAUCUCCAUUGGCCUCACAAUCGGCAAAGUUCCCACAGUUGGAGUUGUUUAUAAUCCAAUUAUGAAUGAGCUUUUUACUGGAAUACGCGGAAAAGGUGCUUUUCUGAAUGGCAACCCCAUCAAAGUGUCAUCUCAGUCUGAACUAGUGAAGUCUCUCCUUGCAGCCGAGGUUGGGAUCAAACGUGACAAGUUAACAGUGGAUUUGACUACAGGCAGAAUCAACAGUUUACUUUUCAAGGUAAGGUCACUUCGAAUGAGCGGCUCAUGUGCACUAAACCUCUGUGGAAUAGCAUGCGGACGAAUUGAUCUCUUUUAUGAACAUGGCUUCGGGGGUCCCUGGGAUGUGGCAGGUGGAGCUCUGAUUGUCCAGGAAGCUGGAGGACUUGUCUAUGACCCAUCUGGUAAGGAUUUUGACAUUACAUCUCAGCGAGUGGCGGCCUCAAACCCACUCCUCAAGGAUGCGUUCCUCGAGGUCUUGGGACAGUUCGAAUGAGUCCAAGUGAGUGAAGACCAAUGGAAGUUCUGGGCGAGAUUGCUUGAAUGAGUCGCCGAUUGUUUCGCUAUAUUUAAGACGCUGUCGACAGAGUUUUCUUGUUCUUAUGAAAAACUUGGUCUAGUAGGUUAAUUUAUUCUAUUGGAAGGGGUCAAUAAUUGAGUUUGGUGAGAAAAUCACUUGAGGAGAUUACAUUGAGACAAUCAAAAGUACUACAAACACCACCUGUAGUUGGUGGAAAAUGAAUUUACAAUUGGGUUUUUGGGAGGGCAAAAAAAAUCGAAUUUCAUGCAUGAGCAAGUUGCUCAUUGGAAUUUCUUGGCAACUGAAAGUGAAAGUUCCAUUUGUCUUCGACAAA